CAGAAAAACUACUACCCUGCAAACUAACCAAAAGACACGUCCAUUGACUUUAAUAUAUAUAUAAAUCCCUUAUCCUCGGUGUGCAUCUCAUUUUCAUAACAACUAAUCCUUAUUUCUGCAUUGCUUAUUCCUUAUUGACUGUGCACACUUACAAUGGAUUGCAUGAGAAUCCAAAGCCCCUUGUCUGUUGAGAAGAAUUGGAAAUAUGAUGUGUUUGUGAGUUUUAGAGGGGAGACUCGCUUCAACUUCACCGAUCAUCUUUAUGCUGCUCUCCGCAGACACGGCAUACUUGCCUUCAGGGAUGAUACCAGGCUCGAGAAAGGAGGACCUAUAUCAUCAGGCCUUCUGGAAGCUAUUGAAGGAUCACAGAUUCUGAUUGUUGUCUUCUCUAUUAACUAUGCUUCUUCCACAUGGUGCUUGCGAGAACUCGCACAGAUAGCUGACUGCAUUAACAUACCGGGACAGUGUGUUCUGCCUGUUUUCUGUGAAGUGAGUCCAUCUGAGGUGAGAAAGCAAAGUGGAAAUUAUGAAGAAGCCUUUAUGAAACAUGAACAAAGAUUCAAAGAUGAUGGUGAGAUGAUGGAGCAAGUGCGAAGAUGGAGGGCGGCUCUAACACAAGUAGCUAAUCUCUCUGGCUGGGAUGUGAAGAAGGAUAAGUCACAAUCUGCUGAGAUUGAAAAUAUUGUGAAAAUGGUAACAAGCAUAGUGAGUCCCAAACCAUCAUCAAAUCUAUCUGAUGAUAUAGUUGGGAUGCAUUCUCCUCUACAAGAGUUAGAAAAGCUUCUUGUUUUGGACUCAGAGGAUGAUGUUCGAGUUGUUGGAAUUUGUGGAAUGGGCGGCAUAGGAAAGUCAACUCUUGCCACCAUUUUAUAUGAAGCAAUCUCUCAUCAAUAUGAUGUUCCAUGUUUUGUAGAUGAUGUAAGCGAAACAUACAGACAUUAUGGUCCACUUGGUGUACAAAAGCAACUUCUUUGUCAAGCUUUCAAGGAAGAAUAUUUUCUUAUAUGCAAUCUUUCAUUGGCAAAUAAUAAUCUGAUUCAAACUAGGUUACGCCAUAGAAAGGUUCUGAUAGUUCUUGAUAAUGUUGAUGAGGGGAUUCAAUUGGAGAAGUUGGCUAUAAAACGGGAAAGGCUAGGUAGAGGGAGUAGAAUAAUCAUAGUUUCUAGAGAUGAGCAUAUAUUGAGAGAGUAUGGAGUGGAUGGAGUUUAUAAAGUUCAACUCUUAAAUGAUGAGAAUGCUCUGCAAUUGUUUUGUAGAAAAGCUUUCAAAUGUAAUCAUGUUGCACAAGAUUACAGACGUUUGACAAAUUCUGCAUUAACAUAUGCUAAUGGACUCCCGUUAGCAAUUAGAGUGUUGGGCUCAUUUUUGUUUGGGCGAAAUGUGUCUGAGUGGAGUAGUGCAUUAGUUAGAUUGAAAGAAAAACCAACAAAAGACAUUCUAGAUGUGCUUAGAAUCAGCUAUGAUGGACUUGAGGAGAUGGAAAAGGAGAUGUUUCUUGAUAUUGCAUGUUUCUUUCCCGCUGGGCAUGAAGAUUGGUAUGUAGAAGAUAUUUUAAGUAUUCGAGGAUUUCAACCUGAUAUUGGUUUAAGAAUUCUCAUUGAUAAGUCACUCAUAACUAAUGAGGGGAAUACGAUCUGUAUGCAUGAUUUGUUGAGAGAUCUGGGUAGGAGUAUUGUUCGAGAAAAAUCGCCCAAAGAGCCAAGAAAGUGGAGUAGGUUAUGGAAUCAAAAGGAUCUAAGUGAUGUCUUGCGGGAAAAUAAGGCAGCGAAAAACCUUGAAGCCAUAGUUCUGCCAAGAUUUCAUCAAAAUAGAGAAGAGACGUCAGAAAGGACAACACUGAGGGUUGAAGCUUUAUCAGAAAUGAAGCUCCUUAAAUUACUCAUCCUCCGUGGAGUGAAUUUCUUAGGAUGUCCUAAUUUUCUCUCUAAUGAGUUGGGGUAUCUUGAUUGGAAAGACUAUCCUUUUACAUGUUUGCCAUCAAGCUUUCAGCCAAAUAAACUCGUUACAUUAAUCCUACAUUAUAGCAACAUCAAAGAACUAUGGGAGGGAAUAAAGGAUCUCCAUAAUUUGACAUAUCUGGAACUAUGUCAUUCCAAAAAUCUUGUAAAGAUACCAAAUUUAUCUCAGGCCCCAAAUCUUGAGUACAUAAAUCUUAAAGGAUGUGUGAAACUUGUUCACCUUGAUGCAUCUAUUGGUUCUCUGGAAAAGCUUCUUUAUUUGAAUCUAGAAAACUGUAAAAAUCUUGUGAGUAUUCCCAACAGCAUAUUUCAUCUUAAUUCUCUUCAUGAUUUAAACCUAUCUGGGUGUUGGAAAUUACUUAAAUAUCAGUUGUUAGAGAAACCAAGACAAAGCAAGCAGUUGAAUACAGGUCAAAGUGUGCAAAGCCAUAUGACAACCUCCAUAUGCAAAACUCUUACAAGGCCUCUCAACUUUUUGUCUUCUAGAAAGCGUGCCAAUUCAGUUGGUUUGUUGGUGCCUACUUUGUCCCGUUUCCCAGCUUUGGUAUAUCUUGACAUAAGUUUCUGUAAUCUAGUUCAAAUCCCUGAUGCUAUUGGACAGUUACGUUGUUUAAGACGUUUAAACAUAGGGGGAAACAAUUUUGUUACACCACCUCAUUGCAUCAAGGAACUUCCCAAGCUAAGGCAGUUGAACUUGGAGUACUGUAAGCAUCUAAAGUUGUUGCCUAGUACCUUUAUGCCGAUAGGAGGUACCAGUGGAAGAGGUUUCUAUGGAGGAAUAUAUGUUUUCAACUGCCCGAAUUUGAGUGACACGGAAGGUUGUGGUGUGACAGUUAUUUCAUGGAUGAUAAAAAUGAUUCAGGUGAACCUGCAAUGCUCUUUCUCCACAUGCAUAAUUGAUGCUGUUGUUCCAGGAACUAAAAUUCCAAGGUGGUUCAGCAAACAGAACACGGGUGAUUCAGUGAGCCUUGAUCCAUCUCCCAUUGUGGAUGACAAUAAUUGGAUUGGCAUUGCUUGUUGUGUAACAUUUGUUGUGCACGAUACUCCAACUCAAUUGCUUGAAGAAGCCAUAUAUCCUCCCGCUCUAAUUAGUUGUGGUUUUCGUCGUAAAGGGUAUGGGGGCAUUUAUCGCUAUGUUCCAAUACGUCUUAAGAAAGAUUUGAUCACAACUGAAUUAGAUCAUAUGUUGCUAAUAUUUGUAUCCCGGGAAGCUUUCAUUAAUGAGAAUACAAGUAAUGCAAAAGAAGGAACAUCUGAUCUUCGUGGUAUUGUAUUGGACAGCAUGGGUAAUUAUCCAGAAGUAGAAGUGAAGAGGUGUGGUUACCGUUGGGUAUUUAAGGAAGAUUUGGAACAAUUUAACCCAACAAUGAUGUUUAGCGCCAAUUCUUCAGCUCAGAGUCCCAACCACAAGUUUCUGGCAAUUGAAGAUCACCAAUAAAUAGCAUUCUCUUAUUAUUUAAUGGUUCAGUUCUUCUACUGCCUUUUCCUUUACAUUUACAAAUCGGUUAUUGUAAUUUACUAAUUUAAAUCUUUUUUGAUUAAACUACUAUAACAUAAAC